ACCCUCAUUUGCGGCCAGCCGCACGGUAAGCCUCUCAGGAUCUGUUGCGAUUUCCAGCGCGGCAGUAGUGACAUAGGCGGGGCCGGGCUCAUAGGCGGCGACAAAGGCGAAGUCGUCAGCCAGCUGUCUCUCGACGGCGAAAGAGAGGGUUUCGUGGGACGCCUUGGGCCAUUCAGCAUGCGAGUAGCGGCGGGGGCCGGCGACGACGUUGGUGCGGGCCAAUUCGUCGACGUGGGCCUCAAAGGUUUGGCGUCCAAGGCCCGUCCAGACGGAGUGGUUGGGGACAGCCGUGUUGGGAGCCAGCAUGCUGUGUCUUUCUGCCUUGAUGGUAACUUUUUCUUUCCUUUGCAAUUGCUCUUGUUCUUCUUCUUUUCCCUCUUGCUCGCGCGCGCGUCAGGCUGCAAAGCCAAGCAAGAGAAGAAAGAAAUGCCCGAUACAAAAGGACUUAGUGCCACAGGCCGCGAGCAUGCGAGCCUGGCAGCUCCCCCGGCGCUGCUGCUGCGCUGGUCGUCGAUACAUAACUAACGGCAGCGGUGUUGGGCGCGCGCGCGCGUGCAGCCGCAGCCCAGGCCCUGAUUCGUACCACGUAACUACGGGAACGCGAGUACAUGUACAUGUACAUGUGCAAGCGGGCGAGGGUGUCGGGCGUUGUAAGGAGCGGGCAAGCGGCGGGCUGCAGCUGGCCGUGCGCCCACGUCACUCGAUUGGUUUGGCUGCGUUCCCGCGCCUGCAGCUGCCGCUCUUAGCCCGCGCGCUUUGGGUUCGCCCUGCAGCGCCCGCCCGCUUGUUUGCUGCUUUUAUUGCUAUUUUUUUUCUUUGCGGCCCUGCGCUGCGUGGUUUGUGCUUUCUUUUUUGGGAGGAGCCUGUCUUUCCACGGCUUUUUGGUUUUCUUUUGUUGUUUUUGCGAGAGCCGCGUCGCGCUACGCGGGUGCGCGCGUUUCGUCUGGCUUGUUUUUAGCACGCGCUUUUUGCUGCUUCUAAUUAACUACUUGUUUCAACAGCCUGCUAUGCCACAAAGCCCUCAACGCAGGCCCGACUGCUCACUCUUCGGAACAGGAGUAUCCUAUUGUUAUCCCCAUGUCAUUCCAGUCAACCCUCAUCGUCGCCUAGGCUUUUUCGCCAAAUAUCUGACCCGGCAAUGCCCACCGAUAGUGGUGGCUUCGCCGGAGGUUCUGCAGCCCAGCACUAAAAUUUAAAAAGAUUACAGCUGUUCCUGCACUUUCCACUUCCUCUGGUUCC